UCGAAAUGGUGGCUGUGUUGUCGUCUGCGGUAUCCAUUUUGUUGGUUACGGCAGCCGUUUAUUGUGUUAUACUGGUGGUGAAUGCCAUUCUGAAGUUCAAACGAAAAUCAUCAAUUCUAAAGCAGGUGCCACAGUUACCUGCUCACUGGUUAUGGGGGCACCUUCGAGAUAUCCCGGGACCCAACGAGGCUGGUCUGAAGUUCAAGCGAGACCUGAUGAGUGUUAUGCCUCGCCUCAACCUGCUGUGGCUGGGAUAUCUGCCAAUGGUGAACGUCAAACACCCGGAGACAGCCAAGCUUAUCUUGAAGACAUCAGAGCCAAAAGGCGGCGCUUAUGGACUGAUUGAACCAUGGGUAGGGGACGGCUUGCUUAUAACCGGUGGUAAAAAAUGGGCGCGAAACCGACGUCUGCUUACACCGGCUUUCCACUUCGACAUCCUAAAACCUUACAUCACCAUCAAGAACAGAGCAGCGGAUAUUUUCCUGAACAAAAUAAAGGAAUUUGCAAAGAACGACCAGUAUUUUGAAGCGUUCUCUCACGUCAGCAUGUACACACUUGAUGUCAUACUCAAAUGUGCCUUCUCGUUUGACACAGACUGUCAAAACAUCGGAGGAAAGCAUCCAUAUGUUCUGGCAGUAAACGAGAACUCGGAACUUCUAGCUCAAAGAUAUUUCAAGCCUUGGCUUCAUCCUUCUUGGAUCUACAAUCUAACGUCUGAUGGACGACGGUUCCAUAAAAACUGCGACUUUGUCCACAAAGUGGCUGAAGAUAUUAUUGCCAAGCGAAAAGACGCUCUGGCUUCUGGUCAAGGAGACGAAACGACCACGAAGAGAAAGAAGUGUUUGGAUUUCCUCGACAUCCUCCUUACAGCUAAGGAUGAAAAUGGAGUUGGUCUGAGUACCCUUGAAAUACGAAACGAGGUCGACACAUUUCUCUUCGAAGGACAUGACACCACAGCUAGCGCCAUCUCGUGGACAAUGUUCUCACUAGCUGGACAUCCUGAACACCAGGAGGCAGUGCAGAAAGGGAUUGAUGACCUCAUGGCGGGAAAGAAAACAGAAGACAUUGAGAUGGAGGAUUUGGCAAAACUAACACACCUAAACAUGUGUGUUAAGGAAUGUCUUCGCCUGCACUCCCCAGUCCCAUUCAUCCAGAGAAUAACCACGCAGGACAUGGUGAUCGACGACAAACCCAUCCCUGCUGGCACUGCCAUCAACAUCCAGCUGUACUGCGUCCACCACAACCCACUCGUGUGGGACAACUCCAUGGAAUUUCGACCUGAACGUUUUGCACCUGAAAAUUGUGACAACAGAAAUGCCUAUGCUUUUGUGCCGUUUUCAGCAGGACCCAGAAAUUGCAUAGGUCAAAACUUUGCCUUGCAUGAGAUCAAGAUCUUCCUCGCCAGACUUCUACAUAAAUAUUCGAUUAAGCUGGACCCAAACCACAAAGUCCUGAAACGAGAAACCGUUACCAUGCGUGCUGAGAACGGCAUCAGAAUCAAACCCAUUCUGAGACAAAAACACGUCACUUGAUCUGACUAUCGGGUGGCGAAAUGAACAUCAUGAAAUACAGAUAUGAUCUUAACACGUGGGUGUGCUCCAUGGCGGACUCGAUUCGCGAAAAACGUUACAAUUAUGACGUUGAAUAUCAAGUAUAGUAGGACUAUAGGCCUACUCGAAUGAAAGCAAACACAUGUACCGUUAUAAACAUUUCAGUGAAAUUAUUUGUAUAUUUUUAUUAAUAAAUAUCUCUUGAGGUAAUUUAUAACACAGGUGGCGUGAAACUGCAUUAUAGACAGAUUUAGCAGCCACACCUUUACUGUUACGGAUAAUGGUAGGUCGUCACUUUGAGUGUAGUUGGUGACGUUAAGGCUUCCCGCUCUUUACGAUUAAAAGGCCUGCUAUACAUAAUAAAUGUGUGGCUAAUAUUUAAUUUAAAUAAAAAUAAUAAAUAAAUAACACUUUUAAGAAUGCCGCCGUCUUUAAGUUACUGUCCGUGCCGAUCUGCGAAACUAGCUGAACGAUUAGUCCUGUACUGUUACCGAAACAUAUAGGACCGAAUUAACGAAGCCUGUUAUUAUUAAAUGCGGGUGUUAAAGCAUUGUACCUAUGUGCAGUUACACGUGUGUAAGACAUACACAGGCUUUCUAAAUUCAGCCCAUUAUAAUAAUCCGUAACAGUAAUAGUGUGGUUGCGAAACCUCUCUAUUGUAGUAAAUCCAUGUUAAGUGAAUAUAUUUAAUUAUAUUAUAGGUUGUUUUUGAGAUUAUAUUAUCUUGUAAACAGA